GUUCUUACUUAGUAAGAUCAUUAUCUACUCUCCCUCCACCACCACUACCAUAUCUCCGGCACCGUCAUUUUUUGCGUUUUCCGGCGAGGUUUUUGUUGGAAUUUGCUACGUCUCAUCUUCGUCACUGAUCGAAGCACGGAAAUUCAAGAUCUAUCAGUACCAUUGUUCCAUCCCCAUAGAAGUAAACUGCAGAGACUGAGAACUCCAGGUUGGGAUGAAGACGCAAGGUUCCUCUCUUCAGUCAUGUCGAGGCCACGCUGGUAGGCCACCAUGGCUGCUAGCCACCCUAGCAGAUCUCGAAGAGAAAAUGAAAGCUCUUUCUACGAAUCACCCUGAAGAAGACAACGCCCAUACGUUCGCAGAGCGGGCGGAGUGCUAUUACCAAACACGCCCUCAGCUCCUAUCACUCCUUCAAGACCUCUACAACGGUUACCUCUCUCUCGCGGAUCGUUACUGCCAAACCAUCACGAAGAGUCGUCGACACAACAGUAAUCAAUCUCAAAUCUCAACCGUCCAUACCGACAGCGAAGAUGAAUCUUCUACCGUCGGCUACGAAACCCACUUCGACUCUGACGCCGAGAGUUCCCUGUCUUACCAAACCCCACCACCAACACACAAGCCUAUCUCCACCGCCGCAGCAUCAGAUCAAGACGCCUUAAUCGCUGAACUUGUAGCCAAGACUAUUGAUUAUGAUAUCCUCAUCAACGAAGCAAGCAACCUUGAACGAUUCAACACCGAGUCAUCGAGAAAGAUUGAGUUACAGAAGAGCUUACUUGAGGUUCUGGAAUCGGAACGAUUGAUUCUCCUUAACGAGAAUGCGAGGUUGGGUUACCGAGUCAAUGCCUUGGCCGAGGAGAAUAAAGGGUUAGCAUCAGAAGCUGUGUUUAUGAAGAGGAAGGCGAGUGAGUUAGCGAGGUGUAUAUUGAAGCUGAGAGAGGACCAUAGGGUCUGUUUGUUGAGCCGUAAAAUUGAAGAUCUUCAGAGUCAGAUAUAUGGGCUUGAGAAGAGGAAUAAGGAGUAUUAUGAGAUGUUGGUGAGAAGAGAAGAGGAGGAGAAGAAGAGGAAUAAUAAGAAGGAGAUGAUGGCUCUGGAGGUUUGUUUUGAGGUUGAGAAGAUUAAGUUGGAGAAUGAGAAGCUUAAGGAGGAAGCAGCAGUUAAUGUCGAGAAGGGACGAGAAGGGGGACGGAUGACGUGGAAGCGGGUUUCGAAUUCCAGGGUGUGGGAGCGAGUCAAGAAGAUUGACUCGUUCAUUUGUGGGUCCCAACUCAGGGGAGUUUGAAUCUGAUGUAUUUCUUAAGUGGGUCCCCACCUCGGGGCCACAAUUAACUAGGGUGCUCGGUUGUAUUGGAAAAAAUUUUACGUCUCUGGUAUGAGUUAAAAAAGAAUUGAACAAGCCUCUACUUUGGCUAAA